CAACACAGCUAAACAAAAACAAACUCCCCUGUGUCAUAUUAAAGUUUUGCUUCUCCGAAGCUUCGCUUUUUAAAUACGUUUCCCAGCUGUCAUGUGUUGCUUCAGUAUUAUUGGCUCGUAUUUGCUAAUGUGAAAACUGAUUAAUCUGCAAUCUGUUACAGCGUGGAGCGUUACCAAAAGGGAAAGCGUAAUCCGCCGCAAUGCCCACAGAAACGCCGAGCAGAAAGCUUCGGCGAGAUUUAUGUCCGCUUGAUUACGAGGAAGAAAAAUGCCAUCGGGAAGUUGGCCAGAACGCUUUCUGGAGCUUGUCAUCCUGCAAAUCAGGGACAGGCAUCGAGCAGCUUCGUGAUAAUCGCCUGGAUACUUUUUGGCAGUCAGAUGGUUCACAGCCUCAUCUAAUCAACAUUCAGUUUCCGAGGAAAACUGAUUUAAAAUAUGUUUCCCUAUACUGUGAUUUCAAAGCGGACGAAAGUUACACUCCACAGAAAAUAACAGUAAGAACGGGAACCAGUUUCAAUGAUCUCCAAGACAUGCAGACAGCGGAAUUCAAUGAACCACGCGGCUGGGUUACAAUCACCAUCGACGAGAUGUUCGGCCGACCACACCGGGCAUGGAUGCUGCAGAUCGCCAUUGUGGCUAACCAUCAAAAUGGCCGAGAUACGCACGUUCGACAAGUGAAAAUUUAUGCACCCAUUCCGAAGAACCCAUUUGACAACAACUCUGAAAUGAAUAUUUACCCACAGUUUAUUGACUCUAAAUUGUUACGCUAAAGCUGCAUGUCGUGCAAAAACAUAUACAACUUGUAUAGAUCUGUCGCAUUUUUUUGGACUGCGCUUUGUAAAGACCUGCAUUCCUGCUGUGGUCUGGUCUGGUCAAUUUUAUAUAAGUAUCGAUAUUAAAAGACGGUUUAUUUUGAAUUAACUGACAAUAAUCAUAAAAGUUUACGCAAACUUGGAAAGUGCGUGUCGGAACAUUCGAAUGUAUUGCUUUUCGAAUUGGAAUUAGUAGUUGCCUGUUGGACUUCCGAACGCUGGUAAUUCGCACGUUCAGUG